AGAGAGGCGUUAUCUCUCGCAUCUAGCACCACAGAGCAGAGCCUGUGUGGCGAAUGGCUGAGAAAUCAGAAUUGGUUCUAGAAGCAGUUUCCCUUCUGCUUGCGAGUAUGAGCCCAGCAGACGCCAUGAGCGCUGUUGCAGGGGACCGAGCCUGUGCUUGACACAUGUGUUUCCCAUUGAUAGCUGGAGACAGCCCAGUAGCUGUGAGUCGGCCUGACAAAGCUGUAUUGAAGUAGAGACAGAGUACGGUUUCAAAGCAGUCAGAAAAAGAACGGGAAUGCUGUUCAGGAAAUUCUUCAGGCAUGGGCAGGGACUUGGCUGCAGUUCUGCAGUUGGAAAAUCUGACUGGGGCAGCUUCUGAACACAGGCUGGGCCUGCUCACGCUCAGCCGGCCAGUGGCCGCCUACUUCAGGGAGUGUCAGCACCCCCGGGGAUCAGGGGCGAUUUUCUCCCGCCGAUUUAUGCAGCAGAGGAGAGAGAAAUAUUCCUGUCCUGUUAUGAGUGUUGAGUGAAGGGACCAGGUGGAGAUGAUGCCUCAGGAACAGUACACACACCACCGGAGCGCCAUGCCCGGCUCCGAGGGGCCACAAGUAUACAAAGUGGGGAUUUACGGCUGGCGGAAAAGAUGCUUGUAUUUCUUUGUCCUACUCCUCAUGAUUUUAAUCCUGGUGAAUUUGGCCAUGACCAUCUGGAUUCUCAAAGUCAUGAACUUCACAAUUGAUGGAAUGGGAAACUUGAGGAUCACAGAAAAAGGUCUAAAACUAGAAGGAGAUUCAGAAUUCUUACAACCUCUCUACGCCAAAGAAAUCCGGUCCCGACCAGGUAACGCCCUGUACUUCAAAUCUGCCAGAAAUGUUACAGUGAACAUUCUCAAUGACCAGACUAAAGUGCUAACUCAGCUAAUAACAGGUCCAAAAGCAGUAGAGGCUUAUGGCAAAAAGUUUGAAGUAAAAACCGUUUCUGGAAAAUUGCUCUUCUCUGCAGACGAUAAUGAAGUGGUAGUAGGAGCUGAAAGAUUACGAGUUUUAGGAGCGGAGGGCACAGUGUUCCCUAAAUCUAUAGAAACACCUAAUGUCAGGGCAGACCCCUUCAAGGAACUAAGGUUGGAAUCCCCGACCCGGUCUCUGGUGAUGGAGGCCCCCAAGGGCGUCGAAAUCAAUGCAGAAGCUGGCAACAUGGAAGCCACCUGCAGAACAGAGCUGAGACUGGAGUCCAAAGAUGGAGAGAUUAAGUUAGAUGCUGCGAAAAUCAAACUACCUAGACUGCCUCAUGGAUCCUACACGCCCGCAGGAACAAGGCAGAAGGUCUUCGAGAUCUGCGUCUGCGCCAAUGGGAGAUUAUUCCUGUCCCAGGCAGGAACCGGGUCCACUUGUCAGAUAAACACAAGUGUCUGCCUUUGAAAGACUAUCCAUAGUGGACAUUAUUGGCAGCAUAAAGGCCUUUUUUGGCUUCAGACACUGACUGCCAGCUAUUUUUACUAGAACACAGAAAGCCUAUCAAAGACCUUUUGUGAGUGUGCGUGUAUGUGUGCGUGCGUGUGUAUGUUUGAGUGUGUUUGCGUGUGUGGGUGGAUAUAAAUAUAUAUAAAUAUAUAUAAAUAAAUAUAUAUAUAUCCUCUGUAU